CCGUGAUAUCAGCUUUCCACCAGAAUUUCUACUCCUUUUAGGUCCCUUCCUUUUCUCUGUGUAUUCCCAGAAACCCUUAUUAAAAGGAGGCCCACACAAGAGAAAGAGACACAGACCUCCACAGUAUCAUAGCUUGUGUUCUGCUCCCAAAGCCUUCUCUCCUCUCAGGACAAUGAAUAUCUCUGUGGCUGCCCUCUCCAUCCUCCUGAUCAUGGCCUUCAGCUCUCUGGCUUCCUCUGCACCAAUAGGUUCUGACCCUCCCACCUCCUGCUGCUUCUCCUAUGUCAGCCAACAGUUCCCCAGAAAGUUUGUGACAGACUAUUUUGAGACUAGCAGCCUGUGUUCCCAGCCAGCUGUGGUGUUCCAGACCAAAAGAGGCCGGCAGGUGUGUGCCAACCCCAGUGAUGCCUGGGUUCAGAGCUAUGUGGAAGACCUGGAACUGAACUGAGGGGCUCAAGGGCCUUGGAUGAUGGAUCUGAAAGGAUAACGGACAAGCUGAGGAAUUCCACAGUCAGAUGCAAUCUCCCCAAACUCCAGCCUUCUGGAAAUCCUCUCCCCCAUAAAAAUUCAUUUUCUCUGUGAGAUUUAGUCAUGUAGAUUGUUUAGUGGUAGCUUUGGGUAUUUUUUCUCGCUAUUUGUCCUUCUGGAAGACAACUGUUCCCCAUGUGGACCUCUAUGAGCAGCCUGGCCUCUCUUCCUAAGAGUCCUUUGGGUCACCUGCUGGAUUCCAUGACUAUCUGUAGC